ACUGGCAAAUUUGAUCUGAGUAAGGGUAAGCGAGCCAGCUAUAUAAUGAGCCUCAUCCUUGACAAACUUAUGCCCCUUGUUCUUUUUGUUCUGCCACUUGAAUCUGACCAUCAUGGAGAACGAUUAUUCAAAACACGAAAAGGAUCAUGUUGAAAACACAUAUGCUGAGGAUGGAACUGAAUCCAUCACUCCACCCACUCUUCAGCGCCAGCUGAAGAACAGACAUAUUGCCAUGAUUUCCAUCGGUGGUGUUAUUGGAACUGGUCUUUUCUUGGGUACUGCUAAUGCUUUGAUGCACGGUGGUCCUGCUGGUCUUUUGCUCGGUUAUGCCGUCAUGGGCACCAUCUGUUUUGCUGUCAUGAACUGCUUGGGAGAAAUGGUUUCCUAUCUCCCUGUCCCUGGUGGUCACAUUAAGUUGGCUGAACGUUUUGUCGAUCCUGCUCUUGGUUUUGCUAUGGGUUGGAAUUACUGGUACAACUGGGUCAUUGUCCUUCCUGCUGAAUUGUCCGCUGCCGCUGUCCUUAUAAAUUACUGGAAUUCUACUAUCAAUAACGCUGCUUGGAUCACUAUCUGUCUUGUUAUUGUCGUUGCUAUCAACUUCAUGGGUGCACGAGCCUAUGGUGAAGCUGAGUUCUGGUUCGCCAGUAUCAAGGUCCUUACCAUCAUUGGUCUUAUCAUUUUGGGUGUCAUUAUUGCUGCCGGUGGUGGUCCCAACCAUAUUGCCACUGGUGUCAGUUAUUGGGGAAACCCUGGCCCUUGGGUUCAAUACAAAGGUAUCCCAGGAGCUCUUGGUCGCUUCCUUGGUUUCUUCGCUGUCCUUAUCCAAGCCGCUUUCUCUUACAUUGGUACUGAAAUCGUCGCUAUCGCUGCUGGUGAGGCCAGAAACCCCCGUAAGAACAUUCCCAAGGCCAUCCGAAAGGUCUAUAUUCGUAUCGUCCUGUUCUAUCUCCUCGGUACAUUCAUCAUUGGUUUGAUCUGCGCUUCCAAUGAUCCUAAGCUACUUACUGGUUCCGGUGGCGAUGCUGCCUCCUCUCCUUUCGUUAUCGGUAUUGAAAAUGCUGGUAUUCCUAUCCUUCCCCACAUCAUCAAUGCUUGCUUGCUUACCUCUGCUUGGUCUGCUGCUUCUUCCGAUAUGUAUACCUCUUCUCGUGCUCUCUUUGGUCUUGCUAUCUCUGGCUCAGCACCAAAGUUAUUCGCCAAAACUACUAAGCGUGGUCUUCCUUAUCCCGCUCUCAUCGUUUCUGUCCUUUUCUCUCUGCUUGCCUACAUGGCCGUCAGCAAGGGCGCUUGGGUUGUCUUUGGAUAUUUCUCUAAUAUGACAUCUGUUUGCGGUCUUAUUACCUGGACUUUUAUCUCCAUUACUUACAUUCGCUUCCAUGCUGGCAUGAAGGCUCAGGGUAUGGACCGAAAUUCACUUCCCUACAAGAGUCCUCUUGGUAUUUUUGGAGGUUGGUAUGUGUUGGUUUCCACCACCCUCAUCAUCUUCUUGUCUGGCUGGCAAGUCUUCCUUGCCGGUGAGUGGGAUGUCUCCUCUUUCGUCACUCAAUACCUCCCCAUUCCUUUCGCCGUUAUCUUGUUCGUCGGCUACAAGCUCGUUAAGAAAACCCAUUGGAACCGUGUCGACGAAAUGGACUUCAUGACCGGCAUUGCCGAAAUUGAAGCUGAUACUGACGAUGAAGUCCCAACUACCAUUAUGGGCAAAUUCUUCAACGCAUUGUAAAGUAGGCUUAAUCUUGUGCGGGAUAUAAUUUUUUUAAGUAAAGUAUAUUAUAAUUGUAGUAUGAUUCCCUAUGAAAA